AUGGACGUGGUUAUGCCAAGAGACCGAAGCACUGGUGCUUAUAGAGGUUUUGUGUUGGUUCGCAUGUCAUCUGAAAUGGAGCUAGCCAGAGCGGUGGACAUGUUACAUGGUGUGAAAUUCGCCGGAUGUCCAUUACUGGUUCAAAGAGCGAGAUUCGGCCCCAAUCUUACCCCCCCUCCCAAGCCCCUCCAGACGAAUACGAAGAUGUAUCGCCCAAAAUCUGACAACAUACCCACUCUCCCCUCCCCUAUUCCUACCAAUCCUGAUCCUAAUCCUAUCUCCUUGGGGCCUGCCUCUUUCAAAGAGGCCCUGCUGAACAAUACUUCUCCUCCUCCGCACAGCAUUCCCCCUAUGUCCGAAUCUAUGGCCAUUCCUGCUAUCAAAUCGGAUUCUCCCUCCCUACGGAAGGCGUUCCUAUUUCGAUCAAUUUGA